AUGGGGAAGAAUAAGCAACUAAGCUUACAUAUUUUGGAGGUUACUAUGGUUGCUUUAUUAUUCUUGUUAGUGGCUGAUUGUCGUCCUCAAAAUGGGCGAAGAUUGACAAUAAUGCCAGAUGUCAAAUUGGAGAUACAACCUAAUGAUGUAACAAUAAGCAAUGGCUUCGUCAAUGUUACUUUAUCGAAACCAGAUGGCCUUAUAACAGGCAUAUCAUAUGGUGGUAUCAAUAACAUAUUAGACACUAACCUUGUCGAAACCGAUAGAGGGUAUUGGAUCUCUGUUUGGAAUCUUACAGGACAUGGAACAGCUCGAAAACAGUUAUCAGCAACAAGUUUUGAGAUCAUAUCGAACAAUGGAAACACGACAGAAAUUUCAUUUAAAAGAAUUUGGAAUUCUUCUCAAACUGAUGAACCUCCCCUAGACUUUGACAGAAGGAUUGUCAUGGGACGCGACACUCCAGGAUUUUAUACUUAUGCUAUGGUUGAACGUUCAAAAGAAUAUCCCCCUACGAUUAUCCAACAACUCAAUGUUGUGUUCAAGCUUCAAGACAUGUUUCAUUACAUGGCUGUCUCGGAUGAGAGGCAACGUGUCAUGCCAACGCAAGAGGAUCGAGAAAAAGGAAAGGUGCUUGGCUUUAAAGAAGCUGUUCUACUUACAAAUCCAGCCAAUCCAGAUCUAAAAGGAGAGGUGGAUGACAAGUACUUCUACGCAAAUGAUAACAUAAACGAUAAAGUUCAUGGAUGGGUAUGUAGUAAUCCUCCAGUAGGAUUUUGGAUGAUUAAUCCAAGCAAUGAAUUUCGUACUGGAGGACCUUUUAAACAAGACCUUACUUCACAUGUUGGUCCAACUGUACUUAGUGUAUUUUUUAGUACACAUUAUGCAGGAGAAGAUUUAGCAAUUAAAUUUCAACAUGGAGAAUCAUGGAAAAAAGUCGUUGGCCCUGUGUUUGUGUAUCUUAACUCUGAUGCUUCAGCUAAGGAAAAUCCGUCUGUACUGUGGAAUGAUGCGAAGAAAAGAAUGAAUCAAGAAGUUGCAAGUUGGCCUUAUGAAUUUCCACUUUCACAAGACUACAUCAAAUCUAACCAAAGAGGAACAGUUACAGGCCAACUCUUUGUUAAUGACUGGUUUACUAAUAAAAGAGAUGUACCUGCAUCCAAUGCAUAUAUAGGGUUAGCGCCACCUGGAGAUGCUGGAUCAUGGCAAAUAGAAAAUAAAGGUUACCAGUUUUGGACUAAAACUGACUCUAAUGGAAAUUUCAUCAUAAAAAAUGUCAUAUCUGGUACAUAUAACUUGUAUGCAACAGUCCCAGGAUUUAUUGGAGAUUACAAAUACGCUCCAAUUGUUAAAGUUACUCCAGGUUCUAGUAUUAAAUUAGGGAGUUUGGUGUAUAAACCUCCAAGAAAUGGAGCCACACUUUGGGAAAUUGGAGUGCCAGAUCGCACAGCUGCUGAAUUCUUUAUUCCAAAUCCACCUCCACAAUAUAAAGUUCACAAAUAUCAAAACAACUCUGAAUCAAUAUUUAAACAAUAUGGUCUAUGGGAACAAUACAGUUUUUUAUAUCCUAAACGAGAUCUCGUCUACAAUGUCGCCACUAGCAAGUAUUCAAGAGAUUGGUUUUUCGCUCAUGUCACAAGGAAUGUAGGAAACAACAAAUAUGAAGCUACAACAUGGAGUAUUUUAUUUAGCCUUGGAAAUGUUAACAAGGCCUCAAAUUACACUCUCCAAUUAGCUCUUGCAGCAGCUCAUGAAUCUGAACUCCAUGUUCGUGUCAACGAUGAAAAAGCGCGAGAACCUGUAUUUACAACAGGAUUAAUAGGGGGAAGUAAUGCAAUUGCAAGACAUGGUAUACAUGGAUUAUAUUGGCUUUACAGCAUUGGAAUACAAGGCAAUUUGCUUGUUAAAGGACCAAACACAAUUUUUCUUACUCAAACAAAUGCUGAUCUCACUGCCUUUAAUGGAGUCUUGUAUGAUUAUCUUCGUUUAGAAGGACCUCAUUAG